AUGACCACGAGAGACUUGGCCGCACAGUAUGACAUAUUAUGCGACAAUUUGUUCAAAAAGUAUUACGUACUCAAGAACCGCGACUACGUUUUGCGGCACGUAGACCUAAAUCACUAUGGAAGCGAUGAAGAUAGCGAAGAAGCAAAGCUUCGUGCUGUUCAGGUACGUGGUACUAUUUUCAUGUUUUUGAUACUAAAAUGUUCACAAAACCCUGGCGUUUACUAAGAAAGUCAUUUUCAAACUUAAAUUGAUUGAAAAAUGGCAUUUUUGAAUCAAAAACCAUUAUUUUACUAUCAAAUCAUCAUGGAUAAUAUAAUUUCAGGAGAAGAUAUCGCUAAAAAUCUCCCACAUAACACAAGCAUUAUGGCAUGGACACACCACGUUCACACAUCCCAUGAAGCUGUUACCAUCGAAGAUUUUCGACGAAUACCCAAAGCUGAAAGGCACAAUAACACAGGCAUACUGUAAAUUCAUCGAGAUAUUACAAGCCAACCCCGAACUCACCAAAAGCCAUGUCGAGAUGGGUGAACAGCAGUUUAGGUAAGGGUUAGUGAGUGUGAAGUAGGACAAGUGGCUUUGCAGCUUAAAUUUUGCAUUUUUUUAAAUUUAAAGUUUUCGUGGUAGGACCCAAAAAAGAGAAAGGCAGCCUUAAAAUUGUUUUUACAAUUUAAAAAUUUUAAAAAUAUGCUGAAUGCAUUUAUGAAUGAGUUCAAAGUUUUGUAUUUUGUACACUUUUAUGCUAUUUUGAAAGAUUUUUGUUCUAAGGUUUUCGUGGUGAGACCCAAAUUAAAGUUUUUUUUACAAAAACUGGAGAAAACUUGAUAAACUUAUUUAAGAUAAGUAUAGAAAAGAAUAAUUUAAGACAACAACAUAGAACAAAUUCCACAUUUCAGAACGUUACACCUCUGCGAAGCCCCAGGGAACUUUGUCCGAGCCCUAGGUGAUUACCUGCCAGAAUCUCAAUACGAAAACUGGACGUGGCGAAUGAAUAGUCUGAACCCUUAUUAUGAAGCAGCCGACCUACGACAAAUCAUAUAUGACGACAAUUUUAUGAUACGACACAUGGAUAAGAUGGUAUUCGGAACUGAUAACACAGGCAAUGUGGCCAUGUUCAGCGAUGAUUACGUGGGGAAUCUGGUGGGAGAGACGGGGAAGUUUCAUCUUAUCACUUGUGAUGGGAGCUUUGAUUGUAGAGUAAGUUUUGAAGGUUGAAAGGAUAGAUAUGAAAGGCGUCGUAUUUUACAAUUUUCAAACUUAAAAUUCAUUUUUAAAUCUACAGGAAUACCCAGGAGAACAAGAGCGAGUAACCAGCAAUCUGUUCAAGCAAUGCUGGCGAGCUGCCAACAAGUGUCUCCAGAGGAAUGGCUGUUUCGUGAUGAAGAUCUACACCUUCUUCACAGAUGAAAUGCAGAAUUUGCUAACCCAGAUUAGUACCUGCUUUCAACGGGUCGUUUUUCAAAAACCUGCUUGCAGCAAACCUGGCAAUUCGGAGGUAACGGCUCUAGUCUAUAUUAAUAUUGGUUUUUCAAGUUUUUGUCUGAUUUUUAGGUUAUUUUUUGUAAAAUACGAAUGGGGUGAAAAGUUUUUGAUUUUUUUGAAAUUUUGAAUUUAUUGUGGUAAAAAAUUGGUUAUAAUAUCCAAAAUGGCAAGAAAUUUCUUUACAAAACAUAAUAUGACCAGAACUUAGUUUACAAAGCAAAAAAUGGCAAGAACUUUCUUUAGAUAACAUAAUAUGACGAGAACUUUUUUUAAAAAAUGUAAAAUGUCAAGGACUUUCUUUACAAAGCAAAAAAUGGCAAGAACUUUCUUUUCAAGGCAAAAAAAUGAGAAAAACUUUCUUUACAAAACUUAAAAAUGAGUUUUGUGUAAAAUACGCCGUAAGUGACUUGGCAACUAUUAAAAGGAAUGUUAUUUUCAGGUAUACCUAAUAUGCAUAGGAUUCGAUGAAGCCAUGGUGAAUAGUGUUGUUGAUCUGGCUGGCAGGGUUUUACCAGUAAGUUUUUUGGGGUAAAUGUUUUGAGAAUUUGUUCUUUUAUGCUACUAGUUAGUACUAUCUAGUACUACUUAGCCAGUACUAUAUGUACUAGCACGUUUUUACAACUAUAUUGUUUAUUAGUACCAUGACUGUGAAAUUUUGAUGUUUUAGGCCUUAAAAAGUGCGAGUAACUUCUUCUCAGCUCAUCAACGAGACAUGAUCCACUUCAACCUCAAGUCAUAUGCCAAGUUCUCACCGAGAGAAAGGGUAAGAUCUCUAAAUCAGGAAAACAAUACUUUUUGAUUUUUUGAGAUAUUUGGUUGUUCAAAUAAUUCUGUGCUCCUAACCUCGAAAUUUUGCUUUGAGAGGGGGCACUUAAUUAUUCGAACAACGUAAUAUUUUGUUUGAGGGCUUAAAAUCUAAAUUUUUUAAUCAUUUUUUUGUUUUAGAUCGCCCUAGUGAUAAAGAAAACCAACUUGAUAGCGGAAGAAAUGCACAAAAACUUUGGAUUUCUGGCCAAAACCGAAGAACGACGAGCAAAAUAUGCAGCUUACCCUAAAGUAAUAUUGAAUCCGUGGUUGAAAACAGCAUGGAGUAUUGUUAACUUAACUGAUCAUAAUCUGGAAGAUUAUUUUGCUGGGGUAAGAGUGUAGUUUUAGAUUUAUUCACAAUGUAAACUGUUUUCACUUUUCUUUAAUUGAACUUGGGUCUCAACACGAAAACCUUAACAAUAUUUUAAAAAGUAGACUUACAAGAAGAGUAAAUGGUUUUAAAUUUAAUAUAUAAAACAUUUAAAACAGGUUGUUAUAAAUUUCAAUUAUAUUUUUGGGUCCCAGCACGAAAACCCUGAAAAUCAAGAUUCAAAAGCAAAAGUGCAGAUUUAUGACUUUUAUUGAUUACGAAUUGCUAUUUAUGUAGAAAUAUGUUAUCUUGAAGUCAGGGAUUUCACUAGGAGAGGGAGGGUGGGGUAAAUAGGGGUGGAUUCACCCUUCCGCUCUUCAGAGCCGGUUCAAACAAAGUUCACAGGGCAAAAAAAUUUUCUUUGCUUUUUUUUCUCUACCUUCCUCUCUCACUAAUUAAAAAAAUCUGUAGCGACAUCUUUGCUUGGAGUUCCUAAACUAUUUUAUUUUAUUUUAAAAUUCCACUUUCAGCUUCACCCAUCAGGCAAGUUCCCAUUAACAGCACAACUCAACGACGACACGAUACCCUCAAUGGAUCAGCUAUUAGAACGAAUCCAAAAAGUGGAAUGCACAGCACGACAUCCAUUUGUUACCGUAUCACAUCGCUGCACGAGGACACCGUUCCCCGAGUUCUCACCGUUAAUUCACUCGUCUAUGUUCGCGGAUUUUAGCCUACUGGAGUGGGCUAGGGAUCAUAAAGUGGUGAGUUUUUAUGGAGAAAUUAUUUUUUAUCUAUACUGGGUUAUUUUUGCUGUUUUAGCAGGUUUUUACUAUCCAAUUUGGGUCCCAACACGAAAACCCUGAAAAUCAGGGAAUAUCUCAAAAAAUUGAAAAUAAUGAAAAAUAUUAUCAUUGCAAUGGUAUAGCUCAUCAAAACUCUUUAUUUCAGCCGUACUACGACCUAACAUACAACAAUAAGAACAUGUUUCGCCGCCUAAGACACGAGCUGGUCUAUGAAUGUGACGGUGUAUAUGUGGAUAGUCCGUUCAUGGUGAAGAACGCGUGGAUGGAGCUUUGUGCUGUUGUUGUAGGUUAUUUAAGAGGGUUUUUUGGUAGCUUUUUUAUUGUAAAACAGGCUUUACAGUGUAGUUUAUGACUUCUAUAUGUAAUGAAAAAUGUAAAACAAGGUCUUACACUGCAGUUUAUAAUCUCUACACUGGACGAAAAAUGUAAAACAAGGAUUUAAAAUGUAUUUCAUACCUAAAACCCCCGUUAUUUUAGGCCUACGGCUCACCAGUCGGCUGCGAAUACCCGAGAAGGCAUCAUCUCGUCCAGUUAAUUGAUGAUGAACAUCCUCACCUCAUCGACCGGGUCCAUAUCUACAUGGUCUAUGGCGAACAAAUGGUUCUAACACGCUUUGCUGCUUCUGUCAUCUUCUUUUUGGCCCAAUUUUUCGAAAAAGUUGCUUUUGACAAAAAUGGCAUUCACUUCUUACAUAGGGUAAGUUAUUGUGGUAUAACGGGGGUUUAGUGGUGUAAAAUACGAAAAAUGGAGAUGUUAUUUGAAAGUAUUAAGGUAGUUUUACUUCAAGGUAGAGCUACAGUCUCUGCCAUAAAAUUUAGCUUUUGAUCUUUGGGUCCCACCACGAAAUCGUGAAAAUACUAUGGGUCUCACAACGAAAACGUGUAUAUAUUAAAGUAGGUUUACUUCAAGGAAGAUCUAGAACCCCUAUCACAAAAGUUCGCUUUUGAGGUUUGGGUAUCAACACGAAAACGUGAAAUUAAUUUUGGUCCCACCAGGAAAACGUGAAAAUAUUCAAAUAAUUUUACUUCAAGGCAGAUUUAAAACCCAUAUCACUAAAUUUAGCUUUUUACCUUUGGGUCCCACCACGAAAACCUGAAGCUGAAGCUAAUUCCACUUUUUUAGAAACUAAUCUCACACGAGCUCGCCACCUACAUGGGCGAAGUCUCCAUCGGCUUACCCGACUCCUACGAUCUCCUCCAAUUUGUACCAUCCCUCUUAUUUGCCACGCCCCAACUAUACGACCAACUCCUCGAGUACAACAACACUUCCCUGAUGCACUCGUUGCGAAAAGAGCCCGACAACCGGGUCGAGGAACAGUAA